UCUUGUAACUUCGGGUCCCUGUAGCAACGACAUGCGCAUCCCCUCCUCUCUUUCCAUCUCUGCACCCUUUUCGCGUUGCGUGUUUGUGUAUUCCAGUGUGUGAGUGUGUGUGUGUGUGUGUGUGUCUCUCUCGCGCUCUCUCGCUCUUUCCAGUCCGCGCUCCACGGCAGCAGGCGCAGAGCAAUUCCCCGCCGCUCGUUCCGUCAGUGUGUGCGUGUGUGUGUGGGUGUGUGUGUGUGUGUGUGUGUGUGUGUGUGUAGCCCCUCGAUCUUCGCGGUGUCCACUUAAAACCCGCAGCCCAACAGAAAAAAACUUUCAUGCAGAGCUUUUGAGCUUUCUCCCCCUCACCACUCACACCCCCCCCGUCCCACAGGCAGCAAUAAUGGCAGAGGGGACGACAGUGAGCCUCUUCCUGCUGUCCCUGUGGUGCAGCGCCUCGGUCACCGCGGCCGUGCAGAGAUCGGACAUAUUCCCGUACGGGACCCCGAGCGGAGACUUGACCCUGGCCGAAGGAGACGACGAAACCUCGAAGGUCCUGACGCUGCCAAGACCUCUGUACUUCUACAACACCCAGUUCAGCGAGCUUUAUGUUGCCACCAAUGGCAUCAUCUCAGCGCAGGACCUGCCCAUGGAGAAGCAGUACGUGGACGACGGCUUCCCCACGGACUUCCCCGUGGUCGCUCCGUUCCUGGCCGACCUUGACACCAGCGGCGGCCGCGGCCAGAUCUACUACCGGCUCACCGAGACGCCCAGCGUGCUGAACCGGGUGUCGCAGUGUCACUUCGGAUACGAGUUCAGCUAUGAUGGCCGCUCCUGUGUUGACGUGGACGAGUGCCGGUCGUCCCCGUGCCACGCCGACGCCGGCUGCUCCAACGGUCCCGGCUCUUUCCGCUGUCAGUGCCGUCCCGGUUUCCAUGGCGACGGCUUCCAGUGUUCCCCGCACGGUACGGGACACCCGGCCGUCCUGAGCGCCCCCAGAGCCGGUGUGAGCAGCAGCGGGACAGCGUGCAGGGCGCAUUGGAGCCCAGAGGCCCCCGGCCCGUCCUGA